AAACAAUCCCUAAACCUCAUCAUCAUCAUCUCCAAACUCCUAAAACCCUAACAAGAACCCUUAUCUCUCUCAUUUCCUCUGAAAGGAAUCAUUUUUCCACUCAGAAAAUCUCAAACAUUUCAACCAUGUCGAUUUCUAAAGCCGCCUUUUUAAACCACCUUCAAACACUAUCAAGAUCCUACCGCCACCGUGUUCUGCCGCAGCCAUUUCUCGCCGUCCGAUACAUGUCAUUCGCGACUCAGGAAGAAGCCGCCGCUGAACGUCGCCGUCGUAAGCGUCGUCUUCGUAUGGAGCCACCGGUUAAUUCAUUCAACAGAUCUCAGCAACAACAAUCUCAAAUCCCUCGACCAAUUCAAAACCCUAAUAUCCCGAAAUUACCUGAAUCUGUCUCUGCUCUCGUUGGGAAACGUCUCGAUCUUCAUAAUCAUAUCCUGAAAUUGAUCCGAGAGAAUGAUUUAGAAGAAGCUGCUCUGUACACUCGUCACUCUGUGUAUUCGAAUUGCCGUCCCACGAUUUUCACUGUGAAUACUGUUUUAGCGGCGCAGCUUCGACAAGCUAAGUAUGGAGCGCUUCUGCAAUUGCAUGGAUUCAUUAAUCAAGCUGGUAUUGCACCUAAUAUCAUCACAUACAAUUUGAUAUUCCAGGCUUAUCUUGAUGUAAGGAAACCUGAAAUUGCGUUGGAGCAUUACAAGUUGUUUAUAGAUAAUGCUCCAUUGAAUCCUUCUAUUGCUACUUUUAGGAUUUUAGUUAAGGGUUUAGUUAGUAAUGACAAUCUUGAGAAAGCAAUGGAGAUUAAAGAGGAUAUGGCUGUUAAAGGUUUUGUGGUGGAUCCUGUUGUUUAUAGUUAUCUAAUGAUGGGGUGUGUGAAGAAUUCUGAUGCUGAUGGUGUGUUAAAGCUUUAUCAGGAGUUAAAGGAGAAGCUUGGUGGGUUUGUUGAUGAUGGUGUGGUUUAUGGGCAAUUGAUGAAGGGGUAUUUCAUGAAGGAGAUGGAGAAAGAGGCUAUGGAGUGUUAUGAGGAAGCUGUUGGAGAGAAUUCAAAGGUUAGGAUGAGUGCUAUGGCUUAUAAUUAUGUGCUGGAGGCUUUGAGUGAGAAUGGGAAGUUUGAUGAGGCUUUGAAGUUGUUUGAUGCGGUGAAAAAGGAACAUAAUCCACCGAGGCAUUUGGCUGUAAAUUUGGGAACUUUUAAUGUGAUGGUUAAUGGGUACUGUGCUGGAGGAAAGUUUGAGGAAGCUAUGGAGGUUUUUAGGCAAAUGGGUGAUUUUAAGUGUAGUCCUGAUACUUUAUCGUUCAACAAUCUGAUGAAUCAGCUGUGUGACAACGAGUUGUUGGCUGAGGCUGAGAAGCUUUAUGGUGAAAUGGAAGAGAAAAAUGUGAAGCCUGAUGAGUACACAUAUGGUUUGUUAAUGGAUACUUGUUUCAAGGAAGGUAAGAUAGAUGAAGGAGCUGCGUAUUACAAAACAAUGGUUGAGUCUAAUCUAAGACCAAAUUUGGCUGUGUAUAACCGUUUGCAAGAUCAGUUGAUCAAAGCUGGGAAACUCGACGAUGCAAAAUCUUUCUUCGAUAUGAUGGUGAGCAAACUCAAGAUGGACGAUGAGGCUUACAAAUUCAUCAUGAGGGCGUUAAGUGAAGCUGGUAGACUCGACGAGAUGCUCAAGAUUGUGGAUGAGAUGCUGGAUGAUGACACGGUAAGAGUGAGUGAGGAACUGCAAGAGUUUGUGAAAGAAGAACUGAGGAAAGGAGGAAGAGAGGGAGAUCUGGAGAAACUAAUGGAAGAGAAAGAGAGAUUGAAAGCAGAGGCAAAGGCGAAAGAGUUAGCAGAUGCAGAAGAGAAGAAGAAGGCUCAAAGUAUUAACAUAGCUGCAUUAAUUCCUCCAAAAGCAGUGGAAGAAAAGAAAGAAACCGCAAAACUGCUUUGGGAAAACGAAGCUGGUGGUGUUGAAGAAGCCGAUGUGGUGGAGAUGGCUAAAGGAGUAGAAGCAGGUGGAUCCAAUGGUCAGGAUCCACCGUCCUGCUGAUCUUAUUUUUUUCCUUGAAUUCAUUAGACUCUAGUUAUCUUCUUAUCAUUCAACUUUUAUGUAAUUAGGGAUUUGUUUGGGACAAUAAGCUAUGAUUAAUCUUUUGCUAUAAUGCAGGUGUUUGCAAAAUCUUUUUUCCAUGUUUGCUUUUGAUUUCAAAUUAACAUGCUAUGUAGAACAUUUGUUUUAGUGGAUGGUCUAUGUAAUCAUUUCUUUAUUACUCAAUUU